AUGUCAGAUCACGCAAUAGGAGCACCAGCCAGGAAACUGGACGAGUUCGAGGAACUUGUCUACGAGUAUACAGGCCGCAUGGGCCUAGGCAAUGAAGGACACUGGGGUGUCGAUGCUCGCAGCUGUAAUCUCCGAUUCGAAUCCGCAACGCGUGGGCCGCCGGCCACGGUCUCAUUUCUUUUCAAGAUCACGCCUGCAAUGAGCAACUAUAUGGGCAAUUUGCACGGCGGCUGUGCUGCUACGCUGAUUGAUGUGCUGUCGACUACUAUUUUGUUGGGACUUUCCGAGCCCGGCAGGUUCGCUCUUGGGGGCGUGAGCCGCAACUUGAAAGUUACUUAUUUGCGUCCUGUGCCUACGGAUACGGAGGUGCGGCUUGUUUGUGAGGUUGUUCAUGUUGGGAAGCGGUUGGCUUUGUUGAGAGCUGAGAUCCAGAGGGCUGAGAGUGGCGACGUUUGUGUUGUUGGGGAACAUGAGAAGGCGAACACGGAUCCGGAGGUUAACCAGAGGAUUUGA